AUGAAAUUAAAUAUCUCAGGAACAUCUAUCAACACCAAAUCCUCACUCACUACCAAGUUAGAAUAGAAUGCUAAGAAUCUAAAAUAGAAUGAGGAUAAUCUCUUUUUUGAUCUUACAGAAUUCUAAACUUCUGAUUCAAAUACACCCUUAAGCAUUUAACUGAAAGAAUCUAACUCAACUAACUCAUAAAAAACCAAGCAUUUCUUCCCCUCCAAACCAGUAUUAUCAGAAAAUAAACUGCCUCCCAUAAACUCGAGAUACCAUCUAGUACCAGAGAUAUCAAGAGAGUAGAUUAUAAAAAAGAAACUAUUUAAAGAAAACUAUUCUCUCAUCUCUUUUCCCACCGCAUAAUCUCUGUUUUCAUCCAAAAGUCAAUCAAUCGAUUAUUAGAAGCUAGGAUAGUAAAUUGUUAAUACUCCCAACUCUCAAGACUAUUAUAAAUUUUACAAGCAUUCUAAUAAAUGUUUGGAUGCUCAAUCCUUCAAUGAAACUCCCAAUAAUAUCUAUGUAAAUUUAAAUAAGGCGAUGGAAGAACAACAGUGCAUGCCCAGAAAGAUGCAAAUUAUUGAUAAUCAAAAUAAAAAAGAAAUUAGUGCUGCUGGCUAAUUAAGUAGUCAACAAUAUAUUAAGUUAUUUGCAGCAGGAUUGGCAUCAUCUACAUUCAACUAAUUAGAAAAACUUAAUGUGAGUUCUAAUAAUCUUGAUAAUGAAGAUUUGGAGAUCAUUUUGGAUUAAUUACCAAAAUCAGUUCAAUCUGUGGAUUUAAAGAAUAAUAAGAUAUCUAAAAAUGGAUGCUUAUUUCUAUAGAAGCUGUUAGUUAGACAACACUAAUUUGUUAUUGAACUUAACUUGGAGAACAAUUAAAUUGGAGACUAAGGUUUAAAGUACUUGAUUGAUUCAUUGUAAAAUAACAAAUGCCUCAGAGUUCUUAAUCUGUCUCAAAAUCAAAUUUAGGAUUAAGUGAUGGAACCAUUUGGGAGAAUGAUGAAAAAGGUAUUCAUUAUAAUUAUUAAUGAUAGAAUAAUAUUAUUUAGGAAUUAUAUCUACAUUACAAUAAAAUAACAUUCAAAGGAGGCAUCUUCUUCUUCAGAGGAUUGAGCAAGAAUUCUGUCUUAAAGGUGUUAGAUAUUUCAUUUAAUAAGUUGGGAGGGAAUAAGGAUUGCACUAAUGAAAUCUGUAAUUUUAUUGCCAGACCUCACCCUGAGUUGAUUCAUUUAGAUUUGUCGCAUAAUGAUUUCAAAGACAGUGAUUCCUAAAAGAUUGCAAGUGAAUUAGAGUUCAAUAAAAUUAUUUAUGGAUUUCAUUUUGAAGGCAAUUCAAAUUAUUAAAUAAAUCAUAAAGGGUAUCUUAGAGAACAAAAAUACAAAAAAUUAGUUACAGAAUCCUAAUAAGACGAUAUUAAUAUUGAAGAAUCAGAUAAGAAACACCUAGAAUUGCAGAUGCAAUAGAUGGAAUAGUAAACCCAAAAAAAAAAGAAUGAAUUCGUUAGAAUUUAGAGUGUAGAUUUAGUUAAUUUAUAAUUGGAAAGUUGUUGGAUUUGUCAAGGUUGGGUUGAAGUCAUGUUUCAAUGGAAACCACAUAAAUCAGGCUUCUUAGACGAGGAUCCCAUAUUCAUCCAUCUGGAGUUUGAGGAUUAUUAGCCAUCAUAUAUGCAAAAAACUAAUGAUGGAUAUUUCACUCUCUAUAGAAUGUGUCCCCCUAAUCAAACUAUUAGAUACUUCUUCAGCAACCCAGUUCAAAAUGUCUAAGUUUAUGCUAAGGAUCAAAGGACUAUCCAAACUUAGACUCAUUCUCAAUUGAGGAAUUUUGGAGUACAGAUGGAAUAUUCUAAUGGCAAAGUGUUAUAAAGUCAACCUUUACAUACAGUUAAUAUGAUGUAAACCUCAUAGUCUACUCCGAUUUUUGAUAAAAAGAAACAUUAUCUAGCAAAUAUUCAAUGUAAACCUAGAGUACCUGAGAAGAUAGUGGAAUUUGAUGUUGAAUUAGCUAAAAAAAGAAAAUGGACUUUAGAUAAUUCAAUAUUCAAAGAUUUCGAUGAAGAUACAGAAGCACAUUUAGAAUAAUGUUUGGAGGCAGAUCUAGAGAACAGUAAAGUAUUAAAGCAUCUAAUAAAUAACAAUGAAGUUAAUUCUCUCAAAGUAAAUUAAAAUUGAAAUAUUUUAGGAUUAAUUAAAGAAGUAUUAUAAAUACAUCAUCUCUUGCUAUAAAUAUUUAGCCUCAUAGUAAUGUGAACAGGACUUUCCAAGAAUAAAUUCAUAAACAAUAUAAGGGUUUUACUCUUAAUCUAAAAAUAAUCAAUUGAUUAAAUAAGUUGACUGGGAAAUAUGUUUAAUUAGUACUAUAGUAAUUAAAGAAUUGAAAUCUUAAUAUAUCCAAGAAAGAGCAUUAGUUAGACAUCAAUUUUUAGAGUUAUUGAUAAGAUUAGCCAAGGAAACAUAUGUUAAACAAGGAAAUUGUUCAAGUAUUGCUUAGGGGUUUGAUAAAAUGAUGCAAACUUAGAAUGGUCAAUUUGGUUUCAUUUUAGAUUAUGGAUAUGCUUAAUAGUGGAGAGAUGAGAGAUAUUGGACAUAAAUUAUGGAUAUGACCAUUCGAUUCAAAUUACCAUUUCUAAAAUAACUAUUUUCUUAUACUUCAAAUUUCUCGAAUAAAACACAUGCUAAGGAAAGAUUUGUUUCUUUUUAAGACUUUAGGAUGUUACUCCAAAAUUCAGAUUGCUACCCAAAUUUAAUAAAUGAAUAGCAACUCUAUUUUAUAUAUUUGCAAUCAAUCAUGAUGCAAGUAGAUGAAAUUACUCAGAAGAGACACUUUGAAAUGCAAUUUAUUGAAUUUAUAGAAGCUAUAGCUAGAGUGGCAGAGUUUAUAUCGCCAAAUUCAAAUAAUUAUUAGAUUAAAUAGUUAAAUGCAAAAUAGAGAAGAACUCUGCCAUUGUAUAUCAAAUUUGAAGGUAAUAUUAUUGUACUAUUUAUAAAGGCCUAUUGUAUGUUAUGUUCUAUAGAAUUAAAAGAUUCGAUGUAGACAUCAACGUAAUAGAAAAGAGUGUUAUAAAGAGUCAUGAGAUAAAAAGAUUAGGAAUAUUUAUUGAAGAUAAUUACAGUAGUAGUAGUAGUGGAGAAGAAGAUAAUGAAGUCUCGAAUUUAAGAUUAUCUUAUACGGAUCCACAAAACAUCAUCAAUAGAAUGCUUUUUGAUGAUGAAUAAAAGUUGAGUUUGAAGGAUACAAUGAGUAAUUAGAGUAGUGGGAAGAAAAGAUAGAAUUCACUCCAAAAACAAGACUCUAUUACUUUAAAGAGAAGCUUAUUAAGAAGAAAUACUUUUUAAAAUUAAUUGCAACAAAUAAAAAUUGCAGAAAUAGAAAAUGAAAUGGCUGAAAUAGCUGAAUAUGAAGAAAGUACUCCUUUGAAUAGGUUAAGAAUUCAAAAUCGUAAGAUUACAAGGUCAAAGUAUGACAUUGUUCUUUGAUUUACAUUAAUUAUUAUUAAUUCUAAUUUUUAUAUUCUGCGGUAUUUCACAUUUAACAUGCACUUCUAGAGGAGCUCAAGGGAUUAUUCUAGUCUUUAAUAUCACAGAUAGAGAAUCCUUUACCUAAAUUAGAUAGUGGAUGCAAGAGAAUGAUAAAUUUGCAGCAGAAUCAGUCAAACAAAAUAUUAGUUGGAAAUAAAAUAGAUAGUUCUCAAAGAAGAGUUUCGACAGAUGAAGCCGAAGUUUUGGGUAUUCAAUUUUAUCAUUCUAGCUAUAUCAUACAAUACCUAAUAAGAUGAGACAUCUGCUAAAACUAAUAUUAAUAUUGAAAAUUGCUUUAGUGAAAUUACCAGCCAAAUCAUCUAAAGAGUUGCAAAACCAAUUAGUAAAGAAUUUAGUCUAACAAUUAUUAGAAAUUAACUAAGUAAAGUAGGUAUGA